AUGGAUAACAUACAAGAUAUCACACAGGCGAUACACGAAUUGAAAUUUGAAGCGAUGGCACUCUCUUUUCCUGAGGAAAUCAUACAAGAGAUCCUAAUUAGGCUAUCCGUUAAAUCUCUGAUCAAAUGCACUUCAGUCUGCAAGGCAUGGAGGUCCAUGAUCAUAAACCAAAGCUUUAUUCACGCACGCCUCAACCCAACUGUGGACUUUGCUAACCAGAAUGACAUUGACCUCCUCCUACUCCACAGAAUUUCUGGUAGCAAUAGCCUCAACUACUACCAAAACACGGUCAUUCACAAGGUAAAAGACGAGGUUCACUCUGUGCAUCAUGAUAACCGGGCGUUUGAUGUGUACUCCAAGAUCGAAUUUCCAAUUGCCGCAAAGAAAAACUAUGGCAAUUCACAUCUUCGUGUGGUUGGCACUUGUGAUGGGCUAAUUUGCCUUGCGGAUGAUGUCCCCUCUUAUGCUUACAACUUCAUUAUAUGGAACCCAGCCAUUAAAAAGUCAGUGACCCUUCCCAAGCCAGGUAUUACCUAUCAGACGCAUGGUGGGUACGAUGCUUCUAUUGGGUUCGGUUUUGAUGCUACAACCAAUGACUAUAAGGUUGUGCGAGUUGUGACUUUAUUGGAUGACGAUGAUGAGACGCCAACUCUAGCUGAGGUUUAUUCCCUAGCCACCGGCACAUGGAUGAGUCUUGGUUGUGUUUCUCCUGCAUGUAUAAUAGAUAAAGCUGCAUCCAGUGCUUUUGUUAAUGGGGUUCUUCAUUGGCCUGUAGUCUGUCAAACAGAUGUUGAUUCUUACUAUUAUAUUAUAUUGACAUUUGAUCUGGGCAAGGAGGUGUUCAGUCAGAUACCUAUGCCGAAGAUUAUUCAAUGGGAUGUCAAUUUGGGAUUGCAAUUGUCUGUUUCAGAUAACAAAAAAUCUAUUGCUUUAUUCAUGAGGCCCAACAAUCGUGAAGAUUUCUAUAUGGAUUAUGGGCGUGAAGAUUCUGUUCUUGAUAUAUGGGUGAUGAAAGAGUAUGGCAGAGAGGAAUCAUGGACCAAAUUGAUUACUCUCAAUCCACAAGGUCCAGAAACAAUUUUCCUCAGCGCCUUAUGUUUUAGGAAGAGUGGGGAAUUACUGUUACUGCGAAAAGAAAAAGAGAGGCAGGAACUAGUAUCACUAGACAUUGUGAGCAAACAGUUUAAACUUCUUGGGAUUUCUGGAUAUAAAUAUUGUACUGGUCAUUUUUAUAAAGAGAGCCUCCUCUUACUCGACAAGAGCGAUGCAGAGUCUUACUAA